GAGUUGAAACAUAGACAAAGAAAUACAACACAACCCUUUAGAGGACAAUUGAUUUUCUCUUUUGACAACCUUAGGAAUAGUUACCAACUACCUACAUACACGUUACUUUAUAUGCAAAUCUAAGUGAAAACAAAAUUGGAGAAUACACAAAAACUAGAGAGAAAGAAAAAAAAAUCACAACAAAAAACUACAAAUGCUUCUAAGAGAAACCAUUCGCAAGACCAAGUUUUUACUUCAAAAAACACUCAAAAACUUCAAAUGUUUCAUCUUUGGUGGGUACCAAAAAUUACCUAGAUCACUUUCCUCCAACCCAUUUGGAAAUUCAAAAACACACACAAGUGAUCAAUUCUACAAUGAGUUUUAUGACAUUCUUCAGUCUGAUCUGAAUAGAAUGAACAAGAACAAUGAGAUAAGCAUGAAGAUGUCUAGAGAACAAGCAAUGGAAGAGAAUGCUGAAAAAAAGCAUGUGAGUUUUGUUACUGAAAAUGUAGUGAAAGAGAAAAAAGAGAAAGGGAAGAAGAAUCAUGAAUUGGCAUUGAAGAUGAAGGAAUUUGAAAUGAUUGAUUCAGGUGAUGUUGAACAAGUGCUAGAUAUAGAAGAAGCAAUUCAUUAUUAUUCAAGACUCAAUAGUCCUGUUUAUUUAGAUAUUGUUGACAAGUUUUUCACUGACAUGCACUCUGAAUUCUCUGAUUCAUCACAAUCCUCUGUCAGCAUCAAAAAAUCAAAGUCAAAGGGAAGAAGACUUGGCUCAAUCAGGUUGUAGAUAACAUUAAUCUUAUAUAAUUCUUGUGGUGUAUAUGAAAUAUGUUUUGUCUCUCUUAUUUUUAUUCAACUAGUAUGUUGAAAGGUUUGAGUUUGUUUGGUUUAAACUUUAUUGUUGUUUUUUUUUUCUCUCUGGUUGGUUCAUGCUUGAUUUGAAUUUAUAUUGUAAAUUUUAUCUAUAAUGAAUUACUUAGAAUUUUUCCAUCUUGAAA